AUGGAGGCGCCGACGGGCCUGCACAGGCUGCGGGGCCCGUCCCCUAUCGUGUGGGCCAUGCGCACCCGCGUCGCGCCGCCGCCGCGGCUCGCCGAGCCGAUCCCCCGCCCGGUCUACCCUCCCCCUCCCCCGCCGCGGGCGCCGCUGCCGCCUCCGGCGGAGAAGAGGCGCCGCGGGCGGCCCCGCAAGGUCGCCUGCCUGCCGCCACCGCCGGGGUUUGGGCCGCCGCCGGGGUUCGCGCCCUCGCCGGCCGCGCGGCCGAAUCCGGCCGCCCACUGGCAAGGGGACUUGGGCGGGCUCCAGCCGCACGUGCUCACCAUUGCCGCCGGAGAGGAUAUCAUAUCAAGGGUCAUGGCAGUCUCACAGCUGAAUUCGAAGGCCAUCUGCAUUCUUUCAGCUCUUGGGUCUGUUAGGGAAGCAGUUCUACUCCAGCCAUCUGGUGUCAUUCUAAAUCACAAGGGUCCUUUAGAAAUCAUCCGGCUUUCUGGAUCCAUUUUGACAUCUAAUGACCAUCGGUCUCUGCGUAUUACCCUUGCUUCCGUCAAUAGCUUUGUUAUCAGUGGCUCUAUAGCUGGGCCUCUCAUAGCUGAAACUCCUGUCCAGGCAAUUCUUGGAAGCUUUCACAACAGUGCAUUCUUGCCAAACAACGCACCUAGAGCAGCCAUUGCGUGUCAUCCUAACACGCAAGGUACCAUCGGAAAUGGCAGUACUCUACCCAGUGAGCGUUCCAAUCCAGUAUAUGCACCUCGUACUUCCAUGGAAUGGAAUGAAUCAAGUGAGGUUGAUGUCAAGCCCUUUGUUGGACUAGUUAAUAUAAAUCCAGAAUAUGCAUCUCAUACUUCCGUGGUACAGCGUGAAUCAUAUCAGGCACUUCUUGGAAGCUUUCACAACAAUCUGUUCUCUCCAAACAACGCACCUUGGGCAGCCAUCGGGUGUUAUCCUAACACGCAAGGUGCCACCGGAAAUGGCAGCACUCUACCCGGUGAUCGUUCCAAUCCACAAUAUGCUUCUCGCACUCCCGUGGAGCAGAACGAAUCAGAUGAGGUUGAUGUCAAGCCCUUUGUUGGGUUGCUGAAUCCAAAUCCAGAAUACGCAUCUCGUACCCCCGUGGAACGGAACGAAUCAAGCGAGAUUGAUGUCAAGCCCUUUGUCGGACUGGCUAUUCCAAAUCCAGAAUACGCACCGCGUGCUCCUGUGGAGCGGAACGAGUCAAGCUAGAUUGAUGUCCAAGCCCUUUGUCGGACCGGUUAUUCCGAAUCCAGAAUAUGCACCUCGUGCUCCCGUGGAGCGGAACGAAGCAGACGAGGUUGAUGUCAAGCCCUUUGUUGGAGCAGUUAAUCUGAAUCCAGAAUAUGCACCUUUUACUUCGGCGGAACAGAAUGGAUGAAGCGAGAUCGAUGUCAAGCCGUCUCUUGGAGUGGCUUAACAACUUCGCGGCACUGUAUUUGAUUGAACUCAAUCCUGUGAUACAUUUACCUCUCUCAAAGUGGUACAGAAGCACAUGCAUUAGAUAGUUGCGCUUCUGUGACCACCGUGUGUAACUGAGUUUAGUCUUAGUUUCUUCUUCUUCUGUUGAUAGAGUGAACAUUGUACUCUUGGUUUUUUCUCCUGUUGAUAACUAUGUUGGCCAGCUGCA